AUGAGCGGGACCGCUCUUGGCAUUCUGAUUGAGGCAACUCGUGCUGCAGCCAAUACUCUGCGAGUUCUUGCUGACACCCUCGAGGCAGCUGCAAAUCGGGUCUACAUCAUCCUCAAGGCAAAGUCCAUCGCUGCUCCGACUCGGGUGGCUUGUGCUGCUGAUUAUUUCAAGUUGGCCGGGGAUGGUGCUGGUCCAGCCGAGGCAUUUACAAUUCCUGUCAUUUCAAGGACAGGUGGCAUGAUGUUGGCUCUUCCAAAGGGCUUUGUUCCACCAGACCUGCUGGAGGCAGGUGGUUUCGCUGGAGAGGCAGAUUUUGUGGGACCCUCUCAUCUAUUGAAGGUUCCGGUUGUCUUGGAGGAGGAAGAUGGUUCCCAUGUCUCUCUAGACUUCGACAUCGAGGUGAUGCUAGUGGACUUUCAUGGAUCUGUGGCAGAAAAUCUCAGAGGUUUCGACCCUGUCACCGAAGGCCCGGGGAUUGCUGGUUUUUGCGAGGACCUACCCCGAGCCAAACUCCUUGCGGUGCAGUUCUACUCAGCCGACGAGGCUCAACAACUCUCAGGAGAGGGGGCUCCGUCUACUCCCGUGAUCCCCAAGCAGUCAAAGCAGAAGGCCACAACCCCUGCAAAGAGGGUGACCACGGCAGUGUUGGCAGAGCAGUUAGCAGGACUAGCAUCCAGUCUCCCUGCUUUAUCUACGCAGCUUGCCCAGAUGGAAAAGAGACAGGAGAAGGUCGAGUCACUUUUGGCUGCUCCUGCUCAGGCCCUUGUUGCAACCCAGGCCGUGCCACAGCCGUUCAGCUCCCAGGCACCCAAUGCCAGCCGGUUCUUGCGGCAUGUUGGCAGCCCUCCCAGACUGAAGACUCCUGCCCAAGGAGCGGUAGCUCAGGCCGAUGCUCAGCCAGUCGCCCUUCCCUCCCAUCCCGACUACCAGCCGAGGAUGGGCCAGGUCUCACAGGGUACAGAUGCCUACAGCAUGUCCGAGCUCCUCUUGCAACAGUCUCAAGCUUUGACAAUGCUGGUGUCUCAGAUUGCUUCAAACGAUGGACUGCACGACCUAGGAGGAGCAACAAGUUCUACUUCGCUAUCCCUUCGAGGAUCCACGAAGAGAGAGAAGCUGAUCUGCGAACUGGCAGGGAGAAAGGGGGAUUUUUUCCUCAAGAUCGCCCAGAAUGCAUUCCGCAGGAUGAAACCCUCAGAUCCAGUGCCUAUGAGCCUUGCAGACUUCCAAGGGAGAACUCUGUUCACGAAGUAUGUGGAGAAGAGCGGAGGUUUCCAGGGACAGAGGGACUUUGGCUUGGUCAUGUGGCUCCUGGCCCAUAUUGCGGCUGCGGACUACAAAGGAGCGCAAGAACUGUUAGCGUUGACCCUGGUCACAAUCGAGCAAGCAGCACAGGAUGGAGGAAAAUGGGAUGUGGCCUGGCUUCUGUCCCUUCAGGAGGACCCUCCUCCUGGAGUUUUCCAAGCUCGUCCGGAAAGCUUGGUCACCAAGAAGAUGAACCUGGGCAAGGGGGAAGAGGAGGCAUUCCAUAUCAUCGUGAUGGCCCUCAACUUCUGGCAUGCAGACUGCUCCUUUGUUCUGCUGGCUUCAAUGGCAAGGACGCCUACAAGAUCACAGGCAGAGGCUUUAGAGUAUCUCCGGGAUGUGGUCAGGGCUUCCGGUAGCUCUCGGGAAGAGUUUCUUGUACCUCAGGGUGGCCGUAGACUUCCCACCUUGGUGUCGCUCCUGGAUGAGCUGUCAGACUUUUUUGACAAAGAAUGUCAUGGAGGCGACCCUUAUUCUCGUACGUUUCAAGGAGCGCCUGGCUAUGACAAUGUGGUCGUAGACAGAGAUUUGAGCAAAACUGAGGAGUUGAGGCCCUACCGUGCUUUGCGGCUCAUCCUCUAUGGGAGUGCUCUUUGGGACCCAUCUCCAUAUCUAUCUGAUCGACUCUGGAUUGCCUACCAGGAGCCUGCCAGCCUUCUCUGGACACUGGAUGAAACCGAGGACUCACCAGACCUGGAGAAGGAAAGUUUGGAUCAUACAUGUGAGUUAGCGCUGAUGAAGGUGUCAGAGCAGCGAGCAGCUUCCAACGCUGUUUUUCCUUUGGUGCCUCUCACAGCUGUGGAAGGGACUGCAGCAUUCAAAGGUUCGACAACAGAUGAGGGUGAGGACCCGCUGGCCUUUCGAUGGGCCGAGAUGGCCGCUCAGCAGAUGGGCGCAGAUCUGGAUGCCUUCCGGCAACCUCUUCGAGAUCCCAUUGCAUCUUGUACUGUGCACAGCAUGCAGUCGGACAGGACCGGUGGCCGGUGUGCCAUUGCAGAGCGCGAUGUGCCGGCCUUGCCAGCCUUUGACCAGGAGGAGAGGCGAAGCUUGUCCAAGUCAAACAUCCUCAUUUUGGAGGAACUUCAGAGGAUUGUUCCACAGGCCAAGCUAGUGACGCGACUGGCUUCUUGCAGCUCAGAAUUUCGAAACUUUAUGCGCCAUGCUGAAACUGAAGUGCGGAAGCUUCAGCAACAGCUGUCGAGUUUGUGCCUUGGCUGCACUUGA